GGUAUUAGUGUUAGCUUUUCAAAUCACUUUCUUAUUGAUUCUUACUGCAUUGACUCGGUCGAAGUUUACAUCGUUCAUCUGCAAUCUUCCACGCGUACACUCAUCUUUCGCCUUUGAACUUGCUGCUGGAAAGUGCUAGUGUCUUGUUGAUUCGAUUUCACCAUUCGUAGGGAUUUUUAAAUGCAAGAGGAGUGUGUGGGCGGUGUCUGGGUUCCGGCCCCCAUCGCCGCCCACAUUCGUAAGGAGGAGCUCGUGCCAUUUUCCUACACAAAACCCAACGUAAAGUUCCUCCUGAGUCGGGCGAGACAAAAAUUACCAAAGGCAAUCGCUUUCAAACUUGGUGCACGACGACCGCAGAAGGCGGUCUUGGAAUGUGGAAAAUUUGACAAGUGGAUAGGAAAUAUUCGAAGCUCUCUGGUAGAAGCAUUACCGCUGGCAAAGAAGGACAUGGCGCAACCGGUGCAUCUACAGUAUAACUCUCCAAUGCCUAUUUAUUCUAGGGAAACGGCUGAGGAGCAAUACAGACAGCAAAUCGGUGGUGGUUCGACGCCGAUUCCAAUGCCAUCCGGAGAUAAACAUUUCGAUCCAGCUAAAAGCGCUACACUAAAGCUGUUAAAGGAAGGAGACGAAGGACACUUCGGAGAACAUUUCUUCGAAAAAAUUGCAUCCGUCGAAGCUCCCAAGCAAAUCCCUCAAGAGGAGCCAGACUGGGCCCGUUAUGCUCGGGAGAAGAGCGAACGAGCCCGUUCCAGAACACCGGCCGAUCCUUCUCAACAUCAUACACCAGCGACAACGCCGACCUAUUACUAUGAAGGUAGACGUCCAGAAUCGUACCAUGAACGGCAGCGUGAAACGACUCCACACGAAUUCAUAGACAAGACUAGGACUUACACGCAUACAAAUCAACCUCGGUGGGGUCCAUCCUAUUCUCAAACGCUGCCCAACCGACGACGGGUCUACAGCGAGACGAGAGAACGAACCCCCGGCUAUGAAUACGGCGGAUUGGACUACACCAAAGGUUUGCAUUUCCCGGCUGCACCCUACGACUAUGUAUUUAAUCGACGUAGCCGAGCUGACGACCAGCAGCGCCGAUUCAGACCCGGCUACGAACUGGGUGGCAGCGAUUUCGGCAAAGGAGGAUACAUAUCUGAUGGUCCAUAUCAUGGGCAUGGUCCAGACCCUCCUCGACUUCGACCGCACUACUCGGCCGAUCCCCGUUCCGCAUGUAACUCGUACUAUGCUCCCAAUGUGGAUGAAGUGGACGCCAAUCUGCUCGUCGGUGACACCAUCUCCAACCAAAAAAUUCGCCAUGAGAACCGCCACAUCAACCAGAACGAGUUUGGCACCAGCUUUGCGCCACCGGGCGGCUUCAAACGGGACCACACCUAUGUGCGACGUCCGUCGGCUCCUCCUGAGCCGGUGACGUUUAGUCUCUCGGCCAACAAGAACCGCUACGGUUACGGCUCCACCGGCAACAUCUCGUACCAGCCUCGAGAGCGCGACUCGUGGCGGCAAAGUCAGAUCAACGGCGGCGAGAAGGAGGUCAACGUACAAACACUGCUUAACGACGAUGUGCUGAGGAAACGGGAACGUUCCACAACCCCCACAUGGCGUGAUCACAGUGUGAGCAAACAGGAGGCAUGGAUGCACCGCUCUGAUCCACGGCUCAAUCGCAAUCAGAUCUACCCUUCUCUGAGCAGAAAUUUCGAGGCAAUAAACCAAAGAGUGUUCACUAAUGAACCUAACUGGUCUCGCACAGUGCAGCAACGUCGCAAUGCAUGGGAGCAGAAAGCUUAUGAUACAGACGCUCGGGUCAAUCUGCCGGCUUCGGCUAAGGUACCACCGCCACAGCCGCCGGCUUGGCAUAACAAAGCAGCUAAAACUCAUAACGUUUGGCAGCAAGCAGCCGAUACUAUGAGCCAACCACAACAGCAGUCUUAUGAGACGAACUACUACAGCAGUGGUGGCGACUCUCAUAAGCAGUAUCGAGCCGAGUAUCACCACGAAGAGCGUCGUUCUGAGUCGCAGCAGAGUCAGCAGCAGCAGUAUCAGCAGCGCCGGGAAGAACAGCAGUACACACAAGCUGUCCCGGUGCAGCAGAGCUACAUCAGCCCAAAUACUGCGAAUGGGACCAAUGCUGAUCUGCUAUUGAACUCAGGUCCUAAAUAUCCAGGAUCACACUACGAGCAGUCAAGUCAGUAUAGUAAGAGCUACUCGUCUUCCACUCAGCAACAGAAUGUACCCCAGCAGGAACCAAUUCCACUGUCUGGUCCCGGACAGACGUAUAGCUAUAGUACGGAGACAAGGACUACCACUACUACUCAAGGGGGUCCAGUAAAUGGCAGUUUCCAACAGAGCAGUUAUAACCAGUCAUCCUAUUCAACAGAUCAAUCAAAGUCUAUCCCGGUUGAGAGAAGAAAUGAGGAGAGUAGUUAUCAGAAGUCCGUUACGGAGAACACUCGUUCCGUUCUUCCAGCUCCGGCUCCACCACAGGCAACAGUAGAGGAAGAAAGGUUCAAGAAAAUGUUUUCGUCGGAACAAGCUCGGAAUGUUCCUAUUCAGCAGACGUACACCACCUCUGAGGGAAGCCACUUCCAAAAGAACACAACCACCUCGAAAGAGGAAACGCACGUCAUACCAAUACAGCCAGCUCGCUCAGAGAUUAAGGAAAGCUACCAGAGAAGCGAGACAUCGAAGUCGGAGACUACCAGUCGGGCAAUUCCUGUGCAGCCCGUAAGCAGCAUCCAGGAUUCUCAGAACAAAAUGUUCACAUCUUCGUCGACUACACAGCCGUUGACGGUCGCCCCACCUCCGCAAGGCUACACUACAAGCAGCAGUUACCAUACUGAGACUCAUACCACUCAGCCACCAGUCGUCAUGCACUCUCCUGGCGGUUCAUACAAGAGUUUCCAAAGCUCGCACUAUUCUAAGCAGGAGAAAACAACAUCUACAACAACUACACAGCCUCAAACCAUCCGUACUACAACCCUGCCAAUUACCAAAACUACGACUUAUGAUUACCAGCAGCAAGCUAUGCCGACACCGCAGCCUGCACCGCAAAUGACUCAGUCGAGCUUCACGACUCAUACCGAAAAGACUUCCACUACCACCGCUGCUCCAAUCCAACCAGCUCCAAUGCCACGGUCCAACUACGAGGCUCAGUUCAGCAGCCAUAGGGAAGAGUCCCGCCGCGAAGAAACAAGUCGUCCAACAUCUCAACUCAGUCAGUACAGCGAGCAGAGGAGCUACAAACGCAAUGUGGAAGAGAAAACUGAAACAAAGACAAUCCCAGCCACUACAAGUAUUCUGACUUCGGAUGCUAAUAAGACUUUCACUGCCCAAGAUGUGUUCAACAAGAGAGAAGAGAUGAACGAGACCUUGCCUCUAGGAAGCAUCAGCAACACUCGUGCAAACACUCAGGGCGAAUAUCGUGACCUUGAAGGUCAUGAUGUGUCUUAUAAACGCGAAACUCAGACUGCUGUCGAUCCGGGAAAAGAAUACGCUCUUCUAAAGGAGGAGGAGAGAAGAGUGGUUGAAAAGGAUCUUGAGCCGGGUGUUAUUUCAAGGCAUGUGACAACUAAAUAUUACAAGAAGAAGACCGUAACCGACACCACAACGACUACCAAUCCCUAGAGGAAUCCUCAAAAAUCAUGCCCAACGGAUAUGAAAUUUUACUAGUGCCUAUACGACAAUGCUUUCUAUAAAUUUCAGAAAUGCUUUUGAACACUUCAUACUUGCCUUUUGCUCUGCCAUUCUCGAAUCUGAACAUUUAUUUCUAUGAUUUGCAACAUUAGCAUAAAUCUUUGCAUUUCGG